AUGAUCCAGUUAUUCUUUACAACUAUAUUUUUCAUCACUGUUGUUCUAUCAGAUGAUAAAUUACCAUUGCUUAAACGUGACAAUCCAAGUUUGGGUACUGCAGUUGUUAAUACUCAAAUAUUAACAAUUUUAAAUUAUGAUGGUGCACAAAUUUAUAUCUAUAGUUCUCUAUCAAAUGAAAAUGAAAAUGCUGCUAAACCACAAAAAUGGAUUUUUUAUUAUGUUCCUAUCAUGAUACCUGCUGCUGAUAAAAAUGAUACAACAUGGAUAUGGACAGUAAAAAAUGAAUUACGUAUGACAUUGACAUUGGGUAAUAAUGAUGUUAAUGAAUUAGCUCGUAAAGCAAUUAUUAAAAAAUAUGAUUCAACUAUCGCUCAAUAUGCAAAAUCUUGGGAUGUUGCUCCAUUAAUGAUUGAUUCAUUAAUGGCUUUUAUUGUUAAUAUCGGCAGUAGUCCAGUUGAAGGUAUUCAUCCUUUUCGUACUGUUCAUCCAAAUUCUCUUUCAAUUACAUUUCGUUUUGCAUGUUCAAAUGAAGAAAAAGCUAAGAUGAUUAUGCAUAAAAUUCUUGAUGGUGAUUAUGAAAUUGAAAUUGCUUUUUAUUUUGCUGGAUUUAAACAAGUAUCAACUAAUUUUGUAACAAUUACUGGUGAUCAAUUAAAAGAUGUUCUUAGUAAAACAACAGCUGAUGGAGGUAAUACAAAUGCAUCAUAUAUUCAUCGUAAUCAAGCUUCAAAAUUUAUCAGUAACUAUGUUGCAAAUGUUAAAAUGAUGAUUUAUACAGAGAAUGCCAAUGUAAAUACAUCAGAAUUAAUAACUAAUCUUCAAAAUCAAUUUAUUUCCUUGAGUCAACAAGCAAUGUCAAAUUCUGCGCAAACAAUCUUGGAUGCGAAGUUAUUUGAUCACGUAUGGUCAUCGACUGAUCUCAAUCCGGAUCGUUUGACUAAUGAAAUAAAUAAAAUAUUCACUUACAAUAAGACGGAAACUGAACGUCAUAAUUUCUCAGAUACAUAUUUCGAUUAUAAUCGUAAUCAAGUUGCUUCUUCAACUACAUCAGGCGGUGGAGGUAUAUCAAUUCCAUUGCUUGGCAUUGGAGUGACUGGUUCCGGAUCGGUAGGUAGCUCUUCCGGUAGUUCAUUAUCAGCACUUACUAACGACGUCUUUUCGUCGACUGAAAUUCAAAAUCUUCUCAGUCAAGAAGCUAUCGAAAUGCAGUGGACAGGAGAGAAAUUUAUCCCGAAAUCGUUCAAGGUAUAUAAAUUAACAGAUUUAACUGAUCGUUUACAAGUAGCAAUUAUUGCUAAACAAUUGACAGCUGAUAAAGUUAAUGGAGCAAUUAUUCGUAUAGUAAAUACAAUGAGUCAUAUUGUUGAAACACCGAUCAUUCCACCACCAACAAUAUUAACAGGUGAAAUUCGACUUUAUGCAGGAGAACAACCACCGGAAUUGCCUUGGAUGAUUUGUGAUGGUACAUCCAUAUCUCGUAUCGUAUAUCAACGUUUGUUUGGAAUUAUUGGUACUCGAUAUGGAACCGGUGAUGAUGUGACAACAUUUAAUUUACCAGAUUUUCGAGGCCGACAACCGAUUGGUGUUGAUACAUUACAAAUUCGAGUGAAUCAUGCCACUCAACUUGGUCUAUCCGGAGGAAAGACAACGCAUACUCUUACCGUAGAACAACUACCUGCUCAUAAACAUGGUAGAGGAACAUUAUCAUUGGGAACAAAUGGAGUUCAUACACAUAAUCAUACAGAUCCCGGUCAUAAUCAUGGUGGAAUAACAGGUUCGGGUCCUUUGGGUGGCAGCGGACGAGGAAUGACAACUGGUGGUGGUGCAGAUGAUCAAAUGACUCAUACUCAUACUAUACCAACCGAUACAGCACAUAUUAUCAUUCAUAAUGCUGGAGCUCAUACACAUGAUUUAAAUGGGGAAAUGGACUCUGUAGGAUAUAAUCAAGAGUUCAGUCUUAUUAAUCCAUACCAAGUUGUUCAAUAUAUUAUUUAUGCAGGCGAUUAA